AUGCGAUGGACUAUGCGUGCUGAAUCAUAUAAUUCAUUAUUAAAAAAUUAUGAACCCGUUCAAGAAGCUUUAUAUUCACUUGCUGAAGAAAAAGGUGGUCCUGGUAUAAAAGCUAACGGUCUUUAUGGUCAAAUGAAUAAUUUUAAUUUCUUUUUUGGAUUAAAAUUGGGCCACUUAAUAUUUUCAGCUACAGAAAAACUUUCACGUACAAUACAAGGUGUAAAUUGUUGUUUACAA